AUGGGGAACCGCGGGAUGGAGGAGCUGAUCCCGCUGGUGAAUCGGCUGCAGGACGCGUUCGGGGCGAUCGGGCAGAACGCGGCUCUGGACCUGCCGCAGAUCGCGGUGGUGGGCGGACAGAGCGCGGGAAAGAGCUCCGUGCUCGAGAACUUCGUGGGAAAGGACUUUCUUCCUCGUGGUUCUGGGAUCGUGACACGUCGCCCCCUGGUGCUACAGCUCAUCAACUGCCCCACAGAGUACGCAGAGUUCCUUCACUGUAAGGGGAAGAAGUUCACGGAUUUUGAGGAGGUUCGUCUGGAGAUCGAGGCCGAGACCGACCGAGUGACCGGCGCCAACAAAGGGAUCAGCCCGGUGCCCAUCAACCUGCGGGUCUACAGCCCCAACGUCUUGAACCUGACCCUGGUGGACUUGCCUGGGAUGACGAAGGUCCCUGUGGGGGACCAGCCGGCCGACAUCGAGGCCCAGAUCCGGGACAUGCUGCUUCAGUUUGUGACCAAAGAGAACUGUCUGCUGCUCGCCGUGUCCCCCGCCAACUCCGACCUCGCCAACUCCGACGCCCUGAAGAUCGCCAAAGAGGUCGACCCCCAAGGUCUGAGGACCAUCGGCGUCAUCACCAAACUGGACCUGAUGGACGAAGGAACCGACGCCAGAGACAUCCUGGAAAACAAACUCCUGCCCCUGCGCCGAGGAUACGUCGGUGUGGUGAAUCGGUCUCAGAAGGACAUCGAUGGGAAGAAGGACAUCACUGCGGCUCUUCAGGCUGAGAGGAAGUUCUUCUUGUCUCACCCGUCCUACAGACACCUGGCCGACCGCAUGGGCACCGCCUACCUGCAGAAGGUCCUGAACCAGCAACUGACGAACCACAUCCGGGACACUCUCCCUGCGCUCAGGUCCAAACUGCAGAGUCAAGUCCUGAGCAUCGAGAAGGAGGUGGAGGAAUACAAACACUACAGACCCGACGACCCCAGCAGGAAGACCAAGGCCCUGCUGCAGAUGGUGCAGCAGUUUGCCGUGGACUUUGAGAAGAGGAUCGAAGGUUCUGGAGAUCAGGUGGACACCUACGAGCUCUCAGGAGGAGCCAAGAUCAACCGGGUCUUCCACGAACGCUUCCCCUUCGAACUGGUCAAGUUGGAGAGCGAUGAGAAAACUCUUCGUAAAGAAAUCAGUUACGCCAUCAAGAACAUCCACGGAGUCAGGACGGGGCUGUUUACUCCGGACAUGGCGUUCGAGACGAUCGUGAAACGUCAAAUCGCUCAGAUUAAAGAACCGUGCACCAAGUGUGUGGAUCUGGUCAUUAACGAACUCGUCAACACCGUCCGACAGUGUACGCAGAAGUUGGCUCAGUAUCCGAUGCUCAGGGAGGAGAUGGAACGAAUCGUCACACAACACAUCAGAGACCGAGAGGCCCACUCCAAAGGCCAGGUUUUGCUGCUGAUCGAUAUCGAGCUGUCGUACGUCAACACAAACCAUGAGGAUUUCAUCGGCUUCGCCAAUGCGCAGCAGAAGAGCAGCCAGAUGAGCAAGAAGAAGACAGCAGGAAACCAGGACGAGAUCAUGGUGAUCCGUAAAGGUUGGCUCACCAUCAACAACAUCAGCAUCAUGAAGGGCGGGGCUAAAGAUUACUGGUUUGUGCUGACGGCCGAGGCUCUGUCCUGGUACAAGGACGACGAGGAGAAGGAGAAGAAGUACAUGUUGCCCGUGGACAACCUCAAACUGAAGGACAUCGAGAAGAGCUUCAUGUCGAGCAAACACGUGUUCGCCCUGUUCAACACCGAACACCGUAACGUGUAUAAGGAUUACCGUCAGCUGGAGCUCGCCUCAGAGUCUCAGGAGGAAGUCGACAGUUGGAAGGCGUCGUUCCUCAGAGCCGGAGUUUAUCCCGAACGCAGCGUGGACAAAGAGAAGGAGAAGGACACAGAGGAGUCCAGUGGAGAUGGUCACCUCCACAGUCUGGACCCUCAGCUGGAGCGUCAGGUGGAGAUCGUGAGGAACCUGGUGGACUCGUACCUGUCCAUCAUCCACAGGACCGUGAGGGACCUGGUGCCCAAGACCAUCAUGCACCUGAUGGUCAACAACACGAAGGAGUUCAUUCACUCAGAUCUUCUGGCUCAACUCUACUCGUGUGGAGACCAGAACUCCCUCAUGGAGGAGUCCCAGGAACAGGCUCAGCACAGGGAGGAGAUGUUGAGGAUGUAUCACGCUCUGAAGGAAGGUCUGAACAUCAUUGGAGACAUCAGCUCGUCCACGGUGACCACGGCGUGUCCUCCUCCCGUCGACGACUCGUGGCUCCAGGUGACGGGUCUGCCCUCGGGUCGCAGGUCACCCAUGUCCAGUCCCACCCCUCAGCGUCGAGCGCCCCCUGGACCCCCCAGACCCGGAGGAAGACCCGGAUCAGGAUCUGGACCAGGACCGGGUCGACCUGCGGUUUCCCCCGACCCGACUCCGCCCUCCAGACCCAACAGGGCCCCACCCCCUGGGGUGCCCAGCCGGCCGAGCAGAGGCGAGAGCCCCCAGUCGUCCAUCGAGGGCUGA